ACUCGUACCAAAGACACUGACAUUCUGACAUCUGGUAUAUCUGAUAUUACUUCAAAUCCUGAUAAACAUCAGGAAGAGACGAAGUCGAGAGUCACUAAUUCAUCUCUGACUAUAACUAUAUACAGAAAGCUUAAAUCGUUAAAAGAAAAGGAAGUAGACGAUUUCUUUGAUUUACUAGAAAAAGAAAGGAUUAGUAAUAUAAUGAGAGAGAGAAAUAGAGAAAAGAAGUUUCAAUGUGAAUCACCUAGCCAGGAGACACACUCGGUUUCCCAGGAUACUGCAUCUACGCCUCAUGGAUGGAAAAACAAACAGGGCUUGAUCCGAGAAAUGAUUUUAUCCAAGGAAGAAAAGCACGUGACUGAAAUUUCAGCGAACUUGAUUCGCCCAAAUAAUGAGACUUCAAUAACCCCGUCUAUUCUAGCCAUGUCACCAGAUAAUGGAGAUAUUAUUAGUCUAUAUAAAAAUGCAUGUGAUGCGGAAGUAGGUGCUAUCAAAGCUAAUCAAGAAGAAACAUUACGUUGGUGUUUCUAUGCUAGAAAAUUCAAAAGCAUGUAUAAAGAUUUUAUGGUCAACAAUAAAGUCGGGGAAAAGAAGGCAAAAGGUCAGGUAUAUGACUUUAUUGUCAAACAGCUACCGGACACCAAACGCAAAACUUUAUGUAAGCAGACACAGAAAGCUUUAAGAAUUGACAAUUUAUUUGAAAGAAUAGGAAUGGACAAGAUUCAAUACAUCAAAACAUAUAGUGCGGAUACAAUUUCAAAAUUUACUAAUACUCAAAUUCAAACGAUUAUAGAUCACUUCGCCAAAAAGCCUGAUAUAGAAUUCACCGAUGAACAGAAUAAUUCUUCAGAUGUUUUAUCCGAAACUGAGGUAAGUAUACCUAUUGAAUCGAUUCUUUUAGAUUCACCCCAAGAAAACGAUAAAGAUUCAGAAUUACUAGAAGUUGAGAUAAGUGCGUCAUCUUCAGAUAUCAAGAAAACUUUACCGGAAUUUGAGGUAAGUAAUACAUCUACUCUUUCUAAUUUAGAAACGGUUCCAGAGAAAUCAACCGAGAUACAGGCAAGUGUGUUUUAUGAGGACGUUAAUGAUAAGAAUUUCUCUGAUGAUGGGAGCUUCUGUGGUUUUUCUGAUGACGAUGAUGAAGGUUAUUAUUAG